UCUUUCCCUUUACAACGGAAUUGAGUCCUAAGUGCUGCGCCGGCGCUCAGCCCCCCGCCGCACACGCCCGAGCCGCAGAAACGCCGCCUAUGCCCAGGUGCCGUCAUUCUCCUCCCACCGCUCAGCGACGCGAUACUAGGUGACCCGCUUCGAGCGCGGCAGAAGGCUGCAGUGUCCCUUCCGCUGCUCCUCCUCCUUCUCCUUUCCCUUCCUCAGCCCCGUUAUAUACAUCUGAAUCCCCGCCGGCCCCUGAUCUCCCGACCGAAGCCUGGGAACCAUGCCCUGUCCGGUGAUGCUUCUGGUCGUCUUCUCCACCGUCUCGGUGCUGCAUUCCGCCCGGGCGCAGAACGAGCCCCGGAUCAACGCCUCGGAUCACAUGGUGCUCUCCGUGGACCCCCACGGCACUCCUCCCAUCACGCUGCAGUGCAACCUGACCAGCGCCUCCAGCAACCACAAGGAGAGCUACUGGAUGAAGAACGGCGAGGAGAUUGCAGGCACCCGCUUCAAGCUGAAGCUGACUGAAUACAAGCUGAACAGACCAAGAACAGAGGAUGCUGGGGAGUACAUGUGCGUCUACACCUUCGAAAUGGCACCUGACGCCAACGCCACGAUCGAGGUGAAAGCCGCUCCUGACAUAACCGGUCACAAGAGGAGCGACAAUAAGAAUGAGGGACAGAAUGCACUGCUGUACUGCAAGUCUGUGGGUUACCCCCAUCCUGUGUGGACCUGGCGCAAGCUGGAGGGGGGAAUCUUAAUGGAUAUUGAGAAUUCCAGUGGUCGCUUUUUGAUCAGCAACAAGGACAACUAUUCAGAGCUGCAGAUCAUGCACCUAGACAUUGCCACAGACCCGGGCGAGUACCGGUGUAACGCCACGAACAUCAUCGGCACGGCUUCCAUGACCUGUAUCCUGCGGGUGCGCAGUCACCUGGCACCCCUUUGGCCCUUCCUGGGAGUUCUGGCAGAGAUCAUUAUCCUGGUGAUCAUCAUCGUGAUUUACGAGAAGCGCAAGCGGCCGGACGAGGUGCCUGACGAUGACGAGCCAGCCGGACCAAUGAAAACCAACUCCACAAACAACCAUAAGGACAAAAACCUACGUCAGAGGACCACCAACUGAGCAGACUGGCGCCCCCCCGAAUGACCAAAAGCAUCUCCUGACCACAGGAAGGUAACUGAGGAAGCAUCGGCAGGUUGUUCUUAGCAAAGCAUAUACGGGCUCAUUACCAGGGCAACUAUAUAGCAUCAAGACAUUGACAGAGGACAACAAAAUGGGUCAUAGGCAUGCCUUGCUCAGUCUUCUGGGGCAGCGGGAAUGGAGAUGACUGAGUCCUUUAUGAAGGUGUACACUUUUGUGCUGUGUGCUGUUGAUUGGUGUUGCUUUUUUUAAUUUAUUCUCCUUUCCCCUCAGGCAGAGAGUAUUUUUCAUUUUACAUAACUGUCUAAUGCAUGCAAAAGCCUCACCUUACUGUACAACUUUUUUUUUUCCCUCGGAUGGCUUUGCGUCCAACCGAAUUGUUUGUAUCUUUUAAACUCUUUAAAACUUACUUUCGAAGGAAAACCGGCAAAAAAAAUACAUAUACCUACAUAUAUAUUGUUCCACUGCAUAAAAUUCGAUAGAGGUGUCAAAUCAUAAAAGAUAAUUUAAGGUUAAGUUCCAACAUAAGGAUCUCACCAUGUCCAGUAUUUAACCAAGAGAAAAUAAUGAAGAUAUUUAUUACUGUAAUAUUUAUCCAACUUAAGAAGAAAAAAAUUCUAUGUUUUACUAUUUUCUAUAGUUAGAUGUCCUGUAUAUGUUGCAAUGGAGUGUUAAAAAUUACAGAUUAUAGCAAACGUGUAUAAACUUCAUUUUGUAAUGCACAUUCCUUACUUCAUUCAUUUAAUUUAAUGGAAAUAUUUACCGUACAGCAUGGCUACUAUCCUAUGCAAUAUUAUUCCUAUAGAGAUACAGAACCUUGAGGUGAGCGUUGUUAGGAUUUUCUCAUGACGAUGGAGCUUUAAUGUUGUGGGAUAAACUUUUUACUGAGCUGGUGUAACAGACUGCCCUGCUGUAGCUGCAUGAUCCCUUUGAAGUACAGUACCCAUGUUUGUUGCAGUGCUGCCAGGCCUUUGGGACGGAGGAAGACAGACAGGGGGGCGGGUAACUUAUCAUUUAUGAAACAUGUGAAGCGGAACAUUUUUAAGAAAUAAAAGCCUCUGAACAUA